AUGGAAGAUAUGGAAAAUAAUCAAGAUUUAAUAGAAGAAUCGGAUAUAUCGCCUGUAAUGCCUUCAAAUGGUCAAAUUGAUAUGGAUGAAAUAAAAGAUGAAAUAAAGGAUGCAUUGAGUGAAUUACCCAAUAAUAAGAAUAAGAAAUAUAUCACACAUCAUUACACGGGAACACCUUUAGUAUACGAAAAGCUUGCUGAAUCAGUUACGUCUCUUGAUAAAAUUUCAAAAGAAGAUCACACGUCUAUUGAAAUCAAAUCGGAAUCUGCUGUAGUGAAUAAAAUUAGUAAAAUAGCUUUAUCACCUGGAAAUAAUUUUAUUGCUGGUUGGUGUGAAGAUGAUGGAAUUUUAGCGGUUUGGUCUCUAGUAGAUAAUGAGAGCGGUGAUAACCUUCAUUUAAAAUUCACCGUAAAAACCAGUUUCAAUAAAUUUAACAUUCAAGAUUCAAGAAUUCAUCUCUCAAUCUCUGAAGAUGGACAUUAUGUUGCCAUUUCAAGACUGAAAAGUGUUGCUGUUGAAGAAUCACCAGAUAUGGAUUCCGCUAUAAACUUGGGUUUAAGUGCGCCAGACACUGUAAAAUCAUUUGUCACGCCCCAAACAUCUUUUGCUGUAUAUUCAACGAUUCCAGAACUCCCUCAUAUUUCUGAUGGGUUAAAUUCCCUUGAAAAUCUUGAAAUGUUAGGCCCUUUAUUAUUUAUUCAUGAUUCAAAAUUUGUCUUCAUUACCAGACAAUAUUUAUACAUAUGCACCACAAAAUUGGGAAUACCUAUUUAUAUCGUUGACUUGAAUGAAUUAAUCAAAUCCGUUCCUGAAUAUAGUCAUGAAAGUAAUUUAUUUUUAUUAGAUUGUUACGAUAUGCUUUCAGUUAGUUUAAGAACUGGUUCAGGCUACAUGCUUUGGCCAGAAAAUAAUGGUUUAAGUAUUUGGGAUUUGGAUGGAAUGUUAAAACAAUGGUUCUAUGUAGAUCCCAAAAACCCUUCACCUAAAGAUUGUCUUUACGCCAUCUCUGAAUCUGGAGAAUUGAUAGCAAGAUUCUCUGAUAAGCCUGGAAUGGUAAGCACGGUGAUAUUUCAUACACCAACAGGCUUAAGAACAACAGAAAUCAGCACUCCAAAGACAGUAUUCUUUAUUGCAUUCUUGAACAAACAUGAUCAAAUCGUUGUUUGUUCAACGGACAGUGGCAAUGUUAGAGUUCAAUUAUGGGAUUGUUGGAGUGGAGUAUUGAUUAAAGAAGAAGAAAAUCAUCCAAACCUUGACAAAGAUCUACCUCUCGCUUUACUCGAUGAUCAAUUUGUCCAUACGAGUAAAAAUGAAAUUGUCAAGUACCCUUUAUUUCCUAAUGAGAAUAAUGUUAAAGGUUAUCAAGUAAACACAAAAGAAUUAUCUACUGAAAGAGAAUGUAAACUUCCAAGUAAAAAGUAUGAAUUAGGUUCUUUACUCGAAUCAAAUUUCCUCGGAUACUCUGUAUGUUCAAUUUAUAUUCAUAAAAAAGAAAAAAUAUUUUGUAAAUUUAAAUUUGAACCUUGGAGGAAGUGGGGGACCGCCGAUCUAUUCAUGAAGUGGCUGGAUAAUGAUGGAAAUAGAAUUUUAUUGGCAAGACACGAUAGUGUUCAGAUAUACAAGACGAAACCAAAUGCAAAAGGUUCAUUUCUGAAAGUUGAAUUACAAUACAUAUGGACGGUUCCAUUUUAUAAAAAUGUUGAUAUCAAGUUUUUAUCUUUGGAAACUCUGCAAGACAAAAAUGAUGAUAAUGAUGAUUUUGAACCACUUUAUCGUCUUAAAAUACAACUCACAAAUUCUGAAACAAUAAUUCUUCCACUUCCAGCAGCAGAUGAUAAAAAUACGUAUCAGAUCUUCAAAGAUGCGUGCGCGUCCAUACACCUUAUACGUCUUUGUCUUAACGAAGAUUUAUCAUAUGUCUCGCAUUGGGAUAUUUGUGUUCAAUUAAAAAAAUUAAUUUUAAAUUCAAUAGAUAAAUUCUCUUCGUCAAUUAACAAAAUAUCUUUAGGUGAUGGACAAUACAUAUAUCCUAUGGAAGACUUUAUAUUAUUUGAAUGGAAUGACGUGGUUACUACAAUUUUAAAUAAAGAACGAUAUAUUCCACUAUUUCAUAAUGACGAACGAUCUGAAAGUGCUUUAGCUUUGUUGAUUGAGCUUCAAAAAUCUGACCUUCUCGAUCAAUUGAUCUCUUAUAUAAUACGUCACGUACGCGAUCGUAAUACACUACCAAAUAGUAGAUCGAAACCACCAUCAGCGUCAUCAUCUAUUCUACCAUCAUCAGACACUUCAAAUACGAAGGUUCAACAACCCGGAUUUGCAUGGACAGUCGGAGCUGCGUUGUUAGAUUUAUACCGACUUUAUCCGGAUAAAGGUACUAAAAUAAUGAGAGAAUGGAGUUACCUUACAACUUCAUUGGAAACUCCCACUCGAAUUUUAAGAACUAAUUUAGGAAAUCCAUUGAAAGUCGAAGAAAGGAGCUUUCAUUCAGGGUUAAAAACUGUCUCUCAGAAGGCCCUGUUACCAAAAAAAUAUACGGUUGCUCGUGAUUCAAUAUUGAAGAUAAUAGCUUCUAAGCUUUUAUAUUAUAAUAUAUUUUCCCAAAGAAAGAAAACCAUGACCUUCAUAUCCACCACUGCCACUACCGCUAGCUUUGUAUCAUCUGAAAAACUCAGAACUCUCAACGCUGGCUCGUCAGAAUUUGCUAUAAAUAUCUUGAGCGAAAAUAAAAAAGAUUUUCAACAAAUUCGUGUUCAUCGGCAACGUCAGCGUAAACAACGAUUAAACAAAGCUCAGAGAUCUCAUCCGGCGAAACUUUGCGUUGUUCCGUUGCCAGAUUUUUGUGUUUACCCUGAACCACCAAAAAUUAAUAAUAAAGCUUCUAUUGGUGAACGCAUAAAAAGAUUUUGGGCAACAUACGUUUCGCCAACGAGACUAAGUUCUUUUGCUGAAGCUGCAAUACAUGGACCAUUGGAAAUGUUUAGUGAAGUUGCUAUGGAGGCCAUUAUCGAAUUCAAAUGGGAAAAAUAUGCACGCAAGAGAUUCUUAUGGACGUUCUGUGCCUACUUAGUAUACGCGUUUCUAUUCUGUUUAACUGUCAGCAUCGAUCCUGUACUAGUAUCAGACGGCGAUGUCAAUUUGAAAAUGCCCUUAUUCGCCCUCGUGAUAACCUUUUCAUUAUACUUCUUGAUUCAAGAAUUGCGUCAAAUGCUUGGUCAAUGGAGAAACUAUUGGACGAACGUUUCUAAUUAUUUGGAUCUGGCAAGUUUUAGUCUUCCGUUAAUUACUUGUUGGUAUGCGAUUAGUAAACAUGAACCAAGUGAUAUAUUAAAAAGUUAUGCAGUUUUAUUAGUUUGGCUCAAUGCGGUUUGUAUUGGUUUUAAAAUUUUGAUGGAACGAAAAUUUAUUUCUAUAGUUUUAGAAAUUAUAAGAAAAAUUAAAACAUUAGUUUUAACUUUAGCAUUCAUGGUUGUGGGCUUUGCAAACGCAUUGUUUGUUCUUCUUCGAGAUAAACAAUCUGAAGGGAUCCCACAUUUUAGUGGUAGUAUGACGAACUCAUCUGGUGCUGUAAUUGGUAACUUAGAUAUCAGCCAACCGCCAAAUUUGUGGUGGUCAACUUUUCCGUGGGCAAUAUUUUCUACAUACAAAUUUUUGGGUAUCGGAUGGGAAACCGUAAAUGUCUUUGACCCAGAUUGGGCAUUACUUUUCAUGGUGUUACUGUUCAACUUUAUAACUGUGAUUAUAUUGUUGAAUGUACUUAUCGGUUUAAUUGUCGAAGUAUUCAAUGGAUCCCUUAAAAAUGGUCGCCAAGCUUGGCUACGACAACGAGCCCAACUAAUUUCAGAAAUCGAAUUAUAUUCAAUCACCCCUGCACAACGUAAUCAUGCAGAAUGGUUCCCUCAUUUAAUAUACUAUGAAAGUCACUUAGAUUCUAUUACAGGAUGGAGACGACAUUUAUAUGAAGCUGCAAUGGAUGAUGUUAAUUCUGAAUUCAUUAGAAAUGAAUUGAAAGAAGUAAAAUCUGAUGUAAUUGGAGAACUGAAGGAGGUAAAAGGAAUAGUUGGACAGAUCAGAAUUUUUGUAAACCCUGAAAGCGGUGAAAAUGAGGGGAAAAAGUAA